GCAGCUGCGCGCCCGCCCCGCCCGUGUAUAAAACUGACACCACCCGAGGCCCGAGGGGAGUACCCGACGACGACGACGGCGCACAGCGAGUUCCUCGUGCCAAUAUCCUUCUCUCGCACACAAGCCCUCCUAGACUCCUUCCUCCUUAUAUAUAAACGACGAUUAUCGCGUCGUCGUCACUGCGUUCUUAUCCGGGAGCAGAGCACACACAGAAACAGCCACAGCUAGCUAGCUAGCACACUGUGCUCACGAUCGAGUUGGAGGUAGCUCUCGAUCGAGGCCUUGAGAAGGUUGUGGUGCGUGUGCGGAGGCGCCGGCGGAGGAUCAUCGAUGGCUCUGGAAGCGGAGACGGUGCUACGGCCGCUGUUCUUGGCAGCGGGCGGCGGCGGCGGCGAGGUGUCGGGCACCCCGCCGGUGUUCUUCCUUACCACGGAGAAGGACCGGCCGGUGGAUCCGAUGAUCUGGGGCGACGAGAAGCGGAUGAAGCGGGAGCUCCUGGUGUGGGCCAAGGCCGUGGCGUCCAUGGCGGCCAGCAGCAACAACACCUCCUCGCCGUCGUCGCGGUCGCGAUCCACGAGGCGCAGGGGAUGAUAUAUAGUGUGUCCGGACUCCGGAGUCGAUCUGGACCGGGUUUUCUAUAUGGUUCAGCUUGUAGUAAUAUAAUCCAACUUUUGUACAUGGAUCCAUCGGUGAGCCUUAUUAUUCGCUUCAUCAUGUUUUUGGCUAGCUUAUUUGUGCUAAACCGGUGCAUCUAAGCUUUGCUUGCUUGAUUUGGGGAAAGGCUGGUCUAUUUAUUAUCUUUAUGUUUUAUAUCCAGUGGUAGGCAGCUUAGUCGAUGAUCCCUGCUUUUGUCUGUAUAUUUUCCUAAGUUUAUUUUUCCAUUUUCCUGUAUAUAUAUAUAUAUAUCAAACUGUUAAGCAUAUAAUUCUCUCCUA